AUGAACAUUUGUUCUGUUUACCCGUCUUGUGUCUUGCAGCAAUACAACACUGAGCUGGUGGUUGGUAUGGUGAGACAGCAAUUUAAGAAACACAUGAAUGAGACAGACCCUGAGACGAUUCACAAGUUAAAGGAUGAUGCUGCUCGGGGACUUAUCAAUCACAUGUUGUUUGAGUCGGAGAAGCUAGUAGGACGCAAGGUUAGCCAGAGAUCCUGA